ACGGCAGCGCCUCGUCCUGACCACGGACAGCGCGGAGGUCUCGCUGGGGCAGGAAGUGAGUCUGCUCAGUGAGAAGGCGGCGGCGGCCGAAGCGUCUGAGAGCCCCGGGGUCUCGGACCCUCCUGCCCCCUGGCAGCCCUUUCUAGUCCAGGAGGUUCCUGCAGACGGGCAGGGAUGGAUCUUCACAAGCCGAUGGCUACUCGCCGCUACCAAGUGCUUCAUAAUGAAGAUGAUAAUUCAGAAUCACCUGCUGUUGAGCCACCAUCACCUUCAACACAGACAGCACGAACUUCUUCUGGACCUAUACUUGAACCUGAGGCUUCUCCUCCACCUUACAGUAGCAUUACUGUGGAAGCAGCUGCAACUGCAGAAACAGAAACUCACAGCGAAUUUUAUCCUGUGCCACCACCCUACAGUGUAGCUACCUCUCUUCCUACGUACGAUGAAGCAGAGAAGGCCAAAGCUGCUGCAAUGGCAGCUGCUGCAGCAGAAACAUCUCUGAGAGAAGAAGAGUUUCCUCCAAGAGAUGACUUCAGUGAUGCAGAUCAGCUUAGAGUGGGCAAUGAUGGUAUCUUCAUGCUGGCAUUCUUCAUGGCAUUUAUUUUCAACUGGAUUGGAUUUUGUUUAUCCUUCUGUAUAACUAAUACCAUUGCUGGAAGGUAUGGUGCCAUCUGUGGAUUUGGCCUUUCAUUGAUCAAAUGGAUCCUCAUUGUUCGGUUUUCUGAUUUUUUUACUGGAUAUGUCAAUGGACAAUACUGGCUUUGGUGGAUAUUUCUUGUCCUUGGCCUCCUCCUUUUCUUCAGAGGAUUUGUCAAUUAUCUCAAAGUCAGAAACAUGUCUGAAAGUAUGGCCGCUGCUCAUAGAACAAGAUUUUUCUUCUUGUAUUAGCGACUGCAUCAACCAGACAUUCCUUUCCUAUACCAACGUGAAAUUUCCAGAUGAUCUGUAAGCCUCCAACCUAAUAGGAUAGAAGACUGCUAACAACAGAAGACCAAUUAGUGAAGAAAACAAAUUGAAUGACAGGGUGGUUUAUGCUUAAAUGCCAUUUCUGUUCAUUCUGUUAAAUAUUUGUUGCCUUUGUUUUUUGCACAUUUGCAUAGGUUUCAUUUAAAAGAAAAGAAUUCAGAUGAAAAAGCAAUUCAUAUAAUUGAAUAGAGAUAAUACAGUUAGACUUGGUUAAUCAGUGUUCAAAUACCUGAAAGACUUGAGUGAUAAACUCUCUUAUAGCAUGUAUGUACCACUGAUAUGUUGAUCUGAAGUUUAGUUGCAUAAAAAAUUAAAUUUAUUAGAUAGGUCAGACUCUUAAUUAGUUUUAUGGAUGAUAGAUUCAUCUAAAGAUGAUUAUAUACAUAGAAAAUCCUUUGUUUUAAAGUAUGCCAGAACUUGCAGUGCUAUUAGAGGAAUUGUCAAGUUUUGACCAAGGUAUUACUUCAUCCACCAAAACUCUUUCCCUCUGUAAAUAACCAUGCAUUAUUUUCUUUUCAGAUUACUUUCUUAGGGAUUGUGUCCACAGCUUUCCUAUGCAUUUAAAAUGGUUUAGUUUUAAUAAAUAUGGAAUAUAUGUCAGUCUAUAGACAUAUCUAUAGAUAGAUGUAGACAUUUUGGGGGUUGAUGACAUAGAUUGUUUUGGAACAAAAUUUCAGAGGGGCUAACUGUAUCAAAUGACUGGACAAAUUUUCUUUCAAGUUUCAAUGAUAACUUAGGGAGAAACUUGGUUUGUAGUGUGAUCUAUAUUGUUUGAACAACAGUUUGUUUAAGAUACUAACAGCACAUCUGUUUAUUAAGCUAAUUUUUUGAAAAUUAUUUUUGAAUUAUUUCAGUCUCAUUUUGAGAUAACCCUUUAAAAAAAGAGCAGUCUUAAUAGUUGUAGAUGUCUUUUUAGUAAGUAAUAAAGACCUUUUCCUUUAGGUGUUUAUUUAAGCUCAGCUAACAAAUAAAGACCUGCACUAUAAAUAGCUUCGUGCUUCAUAGUAAUGGUGUAAAGUUUUGAGAAAAUCAUCUCUUGCAUCUAAACGUGUAAAACUUAUAAGAAUUACCAAUGGGCUUUGUGCCACACUUUGAGAUUACACGCUCUCAACCAUUAUCAACAACUGGAAUCCAGAUUGCAGUCAUAAGUUAAUGUGUUUUCACCUUUCAAAAACAUUUUUCACCAGUUUUUAUUUUUUAAAUUAUAAUUUUACUUUUUGAAUGUUGAAAAUGGUGGAGCCUGUGUCAAAUCCUCAAAAUUAACUUUAACUUUAUAUCUAUGUGGGAAAUAAAGAUGGCAAAUAUUGAUCAUUUGGUUUAUUAUACUCUGAAGGCUACUAAAAAGUGAAUAAAACUAUUCAGAAAGACAGAUGCUCUCUACUUUAUGAAAUACAAUUAAGUGUGUUUAGCAUCUUCUGAAUUUCAUUUAUGCUCUUUUUUUUUCUCCAUUGUCUUUAUGAAUGGCAAAUAAAAACAUAUAGUUUUGUUUUGCUAA